CUCCCCCCGCUCCGCUCCCCCUGCUCCCCCCGCUCCGCUGCCCCCCGUCUUCCCCGCUCUCUGUCCCCGCUCGAGGCCCCAUGGAGAAGUCGGGCAGCGCGGGCCGCUUCCACGUGGACGUCGUUUGCGAGCCCGGCGGGGGUGGCGGCUCCUCGUCGUCGGGCGCGGAGCUCCGCCACCGCGGGGGCCCCGGGCCGGGCCCCGACGAUCCCCCGGGCUACCCCGAGCACCGGGGCCCCUUGGCGGAGGAGGCUCGCUCGGUGGCCGGGGGGGGGCCCCCCAGAGGGGGGGGGGCCUUCUCACCACGUCAACUUCGUGGACGACGGCGGCGUGGGACGCCGUCACCUUCACCAGCAGCAGCAGCAGCAGCCGGGACCCCCUCCGCAUCACCACCACCACCACCAGCUGCUGCUGGGCGGGGGGCAGAACGGGGACACGGUGCGCAGCGAGGGGGGCGACUCGUCGCUGGGCGGGGGGCACGCGCACGACUCCCACUCCAACACGUACUACCUGAGAACCUUCGGGCACAACACUCUGGACGCGGUGCCCAACAUCGAGUUCUACGCGAACGCGGCGAGCCUCGUGGGGGAGCAGAUGGUGAGGCCGACCUUGGCCGAGCUGCACAACGAGAUGGACAAGGACCCCCUAGAGGGGGCCCUGGCCCUGGAGCGACUGGGCAAUGGCGAGAGUCCUGGAGAUGCCCCGGAGGAGGCCGAGGGGACCAAGGGGGCCCCCAAGGAGCAGCAGGGGAUCGUCAAGUUUGGCUGGAUCAAGGGGGUGCUGGUGCGCUGUAUGCUCAACAUCUGGGGGGUGAUGCUGUUCAUCCGCCUCUCGUGGAUCGUGGGGCACGCAGGAAUCGCACCGGCGGAGAGGGAGACAAUGGCAGCCACGGUGGAGGUCUGACCAUCGCGCUCGUUAUGCUCAGCGUGGUCGUCACGACGACGACCGGCCUCUCCCUCUCCGCCAUCUGCACCAACGGCCGCGUUCGAGGAGGUGGUGCCUACUACCUGAUCUCGCGCAGCCUGGGCCCCGAGUUUGGGGGCUCCAUCGGCCUCAUCUUCGCGUUCGCCAACGCCGUGGCCGUCGCCAUGUACGUCGUCGGCUUCUCCGAGACCGUGCGCGACUUGCUGGUGGUGAACGACGCGGUGAUGGUUGACGACAGUAACGACAUCCGCAUCAUCGGCACCAUCACCGUGCUCCUUCUCCUCGGCAUCACGGCCGCCGGCAUGGAGUGGGAGGCCAAGGCCCAGGUGGUGCUCCUCAUCAUCCUCCUCAUCGCCAUCGCCAACUUCUUCAUCGGCACGGUCAUCCCUGUGUCGCGGCAGAAGCAGGCGCAGGGGUUCUUCAACUACAAGGCGUCCAUCUUUGCGGAGAACUUUGGCCCAGACUUCCGUGACGGCGAGGGCUUCUUCUCCGUGUUCGCCAUCUUCUUCCCGGCCGCCACGGGAAUCCUCGCCGGAGCCAACAUCUCCGGCGACCUCGCCGACCCCCAAGCUGCCAUCCCCAAGGGAACCAUGUUGGCCAUCCUCAUCACCACGAUCACCUACAUCGGCGUGGCCGUGUGUGCCGCGUCCUGCGUGCUGCGGGACGCCUCGGGGAAUCUGAACGACACCUACGUUGCCGGCAUCUCCACCAACUGCACCAACGCCGAGUGCGGCCUGGGCUUCGACUUCUCCAGCUGCUCCGUUGACCGCACCUGCAAGUUCGGCCUCAUGAACAACUUCCAGGUGAUGUCGAUGGUCUCGGGAUUCGGUCCGCUCAUCAUCGCCGGCAUCUUCUCGGCCACGCUCUCCUCGGCCCUCGCCUCCCUCGUCAGUGCUCCCAAGGUCUUCCAGGCUCUGUGCAAGGACAACAUCUACCCGGGGUUCGAGAUGUUCGCCACUGGCUAUGGCAAGAACAACGAGCCGAUCCGUGGCUACAUCCUCACCUUCUUCAUCGCCCUCGCGUUCAUCCUCAUCGCGGAGCUGAACACCAUCGCUCCCAUCAUCUCCAACUUCUUCCUGGCCUCCUACGCGCUCAUCAACUUCUCCUGCUUCCACGCGUCCUUCGCAAAGUCUCCCGGCUGGCGCCCCGCCUUCCGCUACUACAACAUGUGGGUGUCCCUGUUUGGCGCCGUGCUCUGCUGCGCCGUCAUGUUCGUCAUCAACUGGUGGGCGGCGCUCAUCACCUACGCCAUCGUGCUGGGGCUCUACAUCUACGUGGUGUACAAGAAGCCCGACGUGAACUGGGGCUCGUCGACGCAGGCGCUGUCCUACCUGAACGCGCUGCAGGACAACCUGCGCCUCUACGGGGUCGAGGAGCACGUCAAGAACUUCCGGCCGCAGUGCCUGGUGAUGACGGGCGCCCCCCCUCACCGCCCGGCGCUCAUCGACCUCGUCCACUGCUUCACCAAGAACGUGGGCCUCCUCAUCUGUGGCCACGUGGUGCUGGGCCCCCAACGCCAGGCGCUCAAGGAGCUGUUUGCUGCCCAAGUGAAGCACCAGCGCUGGCUGCUCAAGGAGCACAAGAAGGCGUUCUACUCGCCCGUGUGCAGCCACGACCUACGUGAGGGCGUGCAGGUCCUGCUGCAGGCCGCAGGUCUGGGCCGCAUGAAGCCCAACAUCCUGGUGCUGGGCUUCAAGAAGGACUGGCGGCGGGCCGACGGCGCCGCCGUGGAGAGCUACAUCCACGCCAUACACGACGCGUUUGACCUGCAGUUCGGGGUGGUGGUGGCGCGCGUGCGUGAGGGAUUCGACAUCUCCUCUGCCCUGCAGCUGCAAGAGGAGCUUCUGGCACAGGAGAUGGAGCGCGCCGCACAGGAGAUGGCGGAGGUGGCAGUCGGUAUGGACAUGACCCCUGACCUGAGCGUCUAUCAGAACAUAACGGAUGGAGACGAGAAGCCGGCCGGAAGGGGGCGACCCCACGCGGAGCGGCGGAAACAAUCAUGGCUGCUGCGGAGGCCAUUGCUGAAACCAGCAGCGAGUCCCCGGGUGGUGCCGUCCCUGAACGCCGCCGAUCAGAAGCUGCUGGAUGGGAGCUCCCAGUUCCAGCGCCGCCAGGGGAAGGGAACCGUCGACGUGUGGUGGCUCUUCGACGACGGCGGCCUUACGCUGCUCAUCCCGUACAUCCUGACCACCAAGAAGAAGUGGGGCGACUGUAAAAUCCGCGUGUUCAUCGGUGGAAAAAUCAACCGCAUCGACCACGAGCGGAGGAUGAUGGCGACUCUACUGAGUAAGUUCCGCAUCGACUUCUCCGACAUCCAGGUCCUGGGAGACAUCAACAGCAAACCGUCUGCAGAGAGCGUGAAGCUGUUUGACGAGAUGGUGGAGCCGUUCCGGUUGCACGAGGGGCAGAAGGACGACGCGGCGAGCGCCGAGAGACUCCGGGCGCAGUUCCCGUGGAAGAUCUCCGACGCCGAGCUGGAGACGAUGCGGAUCAAGACGCUGCGGCAGAUCCGGCUCAACGAGCUGCUGCAGGAGCAUUCGCGGAGUGCCAACCUCAUCGUCAUAAGCCUCCCCGUGGCGCGCAAGGGCUCCGUGUCGAGUCUGCUGUACAUGGCCUGGCUGGAGGCGCUCACCAAGAACCUGCCGCCAACCAUGCUCAUCCGGGGCAACCACCAGAGCGUGCUCACCUACUACUCGUAGCACCACAACCACCACCGCACAACCACCACACAACCACCACACAACCACCAGAGCGUGCUCACCUACUACUAGUAGCACCACCACCACCACCGCACAACCACCACACAACCACCACCACACAACCACCAGAGCGUGCUCACCUACUACUAGUAGCACCACCACCACAACCACCACCACACAACCACCAGAGCGUGCUCACCUACUACUCGUAGCACCACAACCACCACUGCACAACCACCACCACACAACCACCAGAGCGUGCUCACCUACUACUAGUAGCACCACCACCACAACCACCACCGCACAACCACCAGAGCGUGCUCACCUACUACUCGUAGCACCACAACCACCACCGCACAACCACCACACAACCACCACCACACAACCACCAGAGCGUGCUCACCUACUACUCGUAGCACCACCACCGCACAACCACCACACAACCACCACCACACAACCACCAGAGCGUGCUCACCUACUACUCGUAGCACCACCACCACCGCACAACCACCACACAACCACCACCACACAACCACCAGAGCGUGCUCACCUACUACUCGUAGCACCACCAC